CGAACAGGAGGUCAGCCUUCUGUGGGGCUCUGACUCGGGCCUUUGGCUGGGAACCUUCCCUAGAGAAAGACAAAACCAACUCACAGACAGCUCCCCUCACCUGUCUGCUGUGGUGGGGCCCUCUGGACCAGUGUGGCUGUGGGUAGGCACUGGGGGCAGAAGGAAGUGGGAAAGUGGAGAAAGGAACCUUGCUUGUUGAAUCCAGCAUUUCUUUCCCUGGGCUGUGUAGCCCAGGAACAACUUCGCAGGCAACAGACCAUGUAACUGAUGGGGCCAAACUGAUCCAGCUAGGGUGCAGGGAAACGGAGUUCAGAAAGAGUCCCUGGGUACCCACUGAGGAGCCUGGGGACACGGCUCUGAACAGCGUGGAAACUUUUGACUCCCUGCCCCCAGCGUGGACCCACAACACACUUCUCCCUCGCAUGAGAAUUUGCUGGAUGUGGAGUCUUGGUCAUCCAUACCACUAGGAUGGAGAGAGCCGAGUCUGUCACCCUCUUCUGGAGCCGGGGAGCUGCAGCUAACUCGGGUCGGGAAAAUGCGACAGCGACUGCCCACUCGAGGUCGUCAUGGCGACAGCCAGUGAACGUGUUCCUCUCCUCGGGCAGGCCCCCGAGUGUAGAGGAGCUGCUUCGAGAGGCGCAGCUCAAUCUCCAGAGCCUGUUGCAAGAAGAAUAUGAGGAACAGUACUCGGAGGCCAGACUCCUGGGGCAGACCUUCCGCUCUGCUGAUGAGGCCCCUGAGCCCACCCUUAGCCCAAGGCCCCAGGCUGGCAGGCGUCUGGAGUUUGUAUUGAUGCCUACAAAACGGCAGCUGAGCGAGGAUGAGACUACCACCCAGGGUGUGAGGGCCCCUGAGGCCUCCCUGAGCCUGUCUACCACAACCGACAAGCAAGCUGCGUGGAAUAGCCCCUUCCCUCUGCCCAUCCUAGAGGAGAAACGGUGGCCUCAACCUUGCUCCACGCACUCUGACAUUGUGCCCAUCAAUAUCUCUGGGCAGCAGUUUGAUAAACAUGCAAGUUUGCGACACUCGUUGUUUAACACAGAGACAGCCGUGAACCCCAAAUCCACCCUGAGGCGGAGGCGGACCAUUAUUGGAUUCUCUAACUUUUCCCAGCGAGACCAAGGUCACAGCAAUAGCCCAGCAGGCAGUGUGGCCUGCUCCACCACCUCAGACAUCAGGCUCAGUCAUUCGGUCCCAGAAGGUGUCCAUGGAAGAGUUGCAGUUGGUCAGGAAGUUCAUUUCCCAAAUCUCCCCUCACUGGUACUGAGGAGUCCUUUGAGUGAUCCAGAAGAAACUCUCCAGGUGCAUGGUGGCGCACACCCUCCUAGCAUGGAGAGCAUAGGAAUGGUGUAUAGCAUCCCCAGUUCUUGCAAUGGACCAACCGAAUCGACAUUCUCUGCUUCCUGGAAGGGAGAUACUUUUACCUACAUGACUCCAAGUGCCACCAGUCAGAGUACUCAAGUCAGUGAAAAUGGAAAAAAUCCUUCCUCUGGGAAUGUUUGGGUGUCUCUGCACACACUGCCACCUCUAGUUCCUAAGGAAGCUGCUACCUUCUUUGUUACUUGUGAUAACCCAGCAGGAUGCAGUGGGUCAGUCGGCUACUCUGAGCACCCUGCUCAACGAAGGCAGGCAGUGGAACGACCCUCCAAGAUUGGCCUUCUCACUAGUGUUACCUCAAGGAUGGAGACAGGCCCAGGUGGGGCCAGCAGGUUCCGGGAGCGGUCACUGUCUGUGCCCACAGACUCAGGCACCGCAGAGGUGGACUAUGAUGAGGAACGGAAGGCUGGUGAAGCCUGUGCCCUGCCUCAUGCCAGUACAAGUUCUGAGGGCAGUAACAGUGCUGACAACAUUGCCUCCCUUCGUGCCCAACAGGAGACCCAACACAGAAGACAGAGAUCCAAGAGUAUCUCGCUCAGGAAGGCCAAAAAGAAGCCUUCCCCACCAAUGCGCAGUGUCUCACUGGUUAAAGAUGAGCCAGUCCUCUUGCCAGAAGGUGGGUCAGCCCUACCCAAGGACCAGAGGCCCAGGAGCCUUUGCCUCUCCUUGGAACACCAAGGACAUCACUCAUCCCAGCAGGAUGCUCAGGGUCACCCAGCUGUGCCGACCUUCAAAGAUCCGGAAGGCACACAAUUCUCCCACCACUGGUAUCUUACUGACUGGAAGUCUGGUGACACCUACCAAUCCUUGUCUGGCUCCAGCACUGCCACGGGCACCACAGUCAUUGAGUGCACCCAAGUUCAGGGCAGCUCAGAGUCUCUUGCCUCCCCUUCCACGUCCAGAGCCACGACACCUUCCCAGCUCUCCAUUGAGGUGGAGGCCAGGGAAGUAUCCUCCCCAGGAAGGCCUGCUGGGCUGAUGUCACCCUCCAGUGGAUACUCCAGCCAGUCAGAGACACCAACACCCACCGUCUCCAUGUCCUUGACCCUGGGCCACUUGCCCCCUCCAAGUGGCAGUGUCCGGGUGCGUCCAGUGGUACCUGAGAGGAAGUCAUCACUACCCCCGACAUCACCAAUGGAGAAAAUGUCCAAGUCACGGCUGUCGUUUGACCUACCACUGACCUCAUCAACCAACCUGGAUCUGUCUGGGAUGAGUAUCUCCAUCCGAAGCAAAACCAAGGUGAGCCGGCAUCACUCAGAUACAAAUUUUGGGGCCAAGCUGGCCCAGAAAACGAGCCCCAACCAGCCAGUUAUGCCCAUGGUUACUCAGUCUGACCUACGUUCCAUUCGCCUGAGGUCAGUCAGCAAGUCUGAACCAGAAGAUGACAUUGAGAGCCCUGAUUAUACUGAGGAAGCAGGAGCAGAAGUCUUCACCUUGCCAGAGAGAAAGAUAAAACCUCCCAUAGCUGAGAAGCCCCCCGUGGCCCGAAGGCCUCCAAGCUUGGUCCACAAGCCACCAUCUGUUCCCGAGGAGUACCCGCUAACUUCGCUUACCUUGGCUAUGACCCCCAAGAGCUCCAUUCAACACACGAGGCCACUCCCUCCAGACGUCUACACAGUGGUGCGGAAACCAAAGUCCUCCAGCCCUGAGGGCAGAAGCCCAGGGGAGUCAACAGCCUCAACUCUUGUUUUCACACCUUUUGCUAGUUCCUCUGGUGCUUUCUUCUCAGGAACACAGCAACCUCCCUGGGGAGGUAUGGAGGAUGGAGGCCCCAAAGUGAGAGCCCUGCCUGAAAGAAUUAGCCUCCAGAUCCAGGAAGAAGCAGAGAAAAAGAAAGGCAAGAUACCACCCCCUGUCCCAAAAAAGCCCAGUGUGCUGUACCUGCCUCUCACAUCACCCACAGCUCAAAUGGAGGUGUAUGGAACGGAACCAAGGCUGUCUCUCAGCCCCAUCAUCACCCUUCAGGAAGAAGCCAGCUGUCCCCCCACCAGUGACCAACUGCAGUCACCUGGUACAAGGAUGACUUCAACACCGGAGGCUGAAGGUGAAAGGGAGGCAAGUCCUCUAGGGAAUUCUACAGAAGCAAGCACUGAAGAAAAAAGUGUAAUCAGUGAUAAAACAGCCGAAUGGAUUGCUGAAGAGGACGAUGACGUGUUUGUGGCUUCACGCACAACUGAAGAUUUGUUUACUGUGAUACACAGGUCCAAAAGAAAGCUGCUUGGCUGGAAAGAGCCUGGUGAGGCCUUUGCUGGCGGCAGCAGACCAAGCUCCCAUUCACCAAUAAAGAACACAGCUGAUUCUCCAAUCAGUGAGUCAUCUGCUUCUGCGGGGUCAAGUGGCAGUGCCAACCUAGAUGCUGGCAGAAACGAUGAUUUCAAGGCCUUGCUACAGAAGAAGGGAAGCAAGACAACUCCAAGGUCCCGCCCCUCAGCAGCUGAACUGCUGAAGACCACUAACCCACUGGCUCGGAGAAUUAUUGCACAAUUUUCAAAAGACUGUGAAACUACCGAUGACCCUAGUACCUAAGUCCCGGUUCAGUUAACAGGGUUUAGUUACUAAACUUGAGUAGACAAAGGGGAAGAGAAAGGGUUUUAAAAAGUAAUCAUGGACAUAACAGAAGAGCCUACAUUUCUUUUACAUUAACUCACACUCUGGACAGCAGGAGACAGGUCACUUUAUCUAGAACUAAAUCAUCAGGCACUUUAAUCAUCUUCAGACCUUUUACAUUUUCAUACUUACAAUCUUGCCAUUACCCAAUUACCGAUUUUCUCCUUAUCUUCCCCCAGUGUUGUGCCCUGAGAAGAAAUUCUCAGAUGCAAGGGCACAUGUACCAUCUUUUCAAUCAAUGGCCAGGCUGCUCCAUCCCUGACUCCUGUCACUGAGGGGCACAGUGUGAGAGUGGAUUGGGGACUGCCAAAACUGGGGAUCAUAGGGUGCCAUUGCUGAUUAUUCACUUUCCUGGCAAGGCCUUGAUGGCCCUGUGUGGAGAAACAAAAAGACUCUGGUGCCUCUCCAUCCACACUUAAAUUCCCCCCACCAGAGAGGUUUGUGGCUGUGCACUUAUUUCAGCAUGGGGUUGAUUGGAUGGCUUUUGUCAUUCAAAAUAUGAAUGUGAGUCUGUCUUGAAAUUCAUGCCUUUUUCAGUUUGAUUGUCUAUGCGGAGAUCAGGGUGAUGACAUUCAAUAAUCAUGUAGACUACCCCCCCCCCCCGCCCCCACCAACUAGGAAAAGUCAGGACUGGGUUGCUUUGGAUGAAUCAAGUUCAGCCAACAAAUGAGGCAGCCAUUUGUUCACUCAGAUCUAUCCAAGGUAACUUGUACAUUGCGCCUUGAAAUUCUUCAAGUGUCUGUCAACAAUGAUAGCUAGAAUCAGUGCCCAGCUCAUGCUGCAUUCUAAGAACUCUUGUUUCAUUUGCAUAUAACCUUCAUUACAGGAAGUAAUUAGCUGAAGGAACAGCAUCAUCAAAGGCUCAAGGAGGAGAGAAAGUAAGUGUAACUUGUCCACCUCCAUUCAGUUUAGAUUGUGGUUUGUGGUUCCUUUUGUUUUUGUUUAAAGGAAGUCUUACUCUGUUCCCAAACCAAGAAUGUAUGGACUAAAAAGAAUAUAUCCAAAACCUAAAAGGCAGCCUUGCAAGUGGCUGUGGCCCAUAACACACACACAAAAAGGGCUACUUUUUGACAUUUAUGUUCCACUGUGUGACUGACUUUACAUUAACUAUGUUGGGGGAGAGUGUAGGAACUCGGGGGAAAUGAGAUGCUGACGGACCCCCCAGAGCAAUCAUUGUGACUGCCCCCCACACAAGCUUAUAGGCACUAACUAUUCUUGUCAGUUCAAUUUUCUAAGCAGAGCAAGAAAAGUAAUUCAUUUGAUUUUCAUGUGUCUGGUUUUGGGGAGGUUGGGGGAGAAAAACAGUCAACGCAUUGAACAAAAACUGGCUGACCAAUAAUGGAGGGUUAAUGGUCCACAUUCCUGAGAAGGGAAAAGAAAAGUCAAAUGCAAUUGUAGCCUGAUUCCUGGACCCCUUCCUCCUUCACUGCCACCCCCCCAACCCAACAGAUUCAUUGGCCAACAUCCUGGAUGAUGCAGAAACUGCCCCAGAGACAAGCAGAUCUUGAUUUUGAUAGGUCACAUCGCUCACCAAUGAGAAGCAAGCUCUUAGCUCCACUACCCACACUCCUGCAGACAGAGCAGCUGAAAAACUACACUGAGAGCUGAGAAGACUUGGGCCUCUCAUUCAGAGGUCUUAAGCCUAGGCCCUUGGUUGGUACAGGUCUGAAUUCUAGACUUCUAAGUGCAGGCCAGGCUCAUCAACUUCUUUGCAAUCAGCACUGCCCCCUAACUUAGAGGCCACUUAAAAUAAUAAACAGUGAGAACCCAGUUGCUUUUGAAAGCAUUCAAACUAUUUGGUUUGAAGGUCCAGAUCAAAUUUCAGGGGUUUUGCCUGAAAUAAAAUAGAUUCAUUCCUGGCCUGAAUUUGUAUCUGAAUGCCACACUUGUCUGCCCCAGACUCAAUUCCAAAAGACAGAAACAUUUUUCCUCUGCAGGGAAAUGAAGGGGUGUUCAUGCUUUGGCCUAACAAAAGUGAAAGGCUGCCAGGGCCUUCUCAUUGGGAACCACUUUGAACAGCUGAGCUCUGAAGCCAAAUGAGAGACUCAUAUAGUACAGGAUGUGUUACUUCUACUGGUUUUUCUGGAAGCUUCUUGUUUGCUACUUCUAGUGGGUUUCACCUUUCUGUCCCUGGGUGGUUUUCCCAAAAGAUUCUAAAGCUGAAUGCCCAGACACUUUUAUGUUUUGCCGUUACCUCGAGUCUUGCUUUCCUCUACAAUAGUCUGUAUACCUGGAAUUUUUGUAACAUCUUCUGCAUCAUUACUAUGGCCUUCAAAUACCCAGUGGUGUUUCCAUUAGCACAAGAGGAUUUGGGGCAGAGAUUUUAUGGUCAGAGGUAACAUUGAGGGCAAGAAAUAUUCCUUUAAUAUUUUGCAACAGGUGGACCUAAUCCCAGGCAAACAACCAAACUGUAGAAUUUGUUAGUCACUGAUGACUAUAACACCAAACAUCUUUCCUAUUCCUAACCCUCAACCUCUCUCGUCCCCAUGAUUAUAACACCAACUCUCCCACCGAGGCACACAGCACAAUGUUUGCUGCCCUCUGUACCGACUCUGUUAAGACCAGAGAAGAGAGGCUGACAGCCCCUCCAUGUAGGCUUUCAGAGACCUAGUACCACCAUGGUUACUAGUGCAAAUAAUAAUGAUCACAAUUUUUGAGCAUGGAAUACAGAAGGGGUUCAAGUAAAAUGAAGUUUGCCACAGGACGUCAGCUUCCAAUUCAAGUUGUUUCUAUCCUUUUGUUUGCUCUGAUUCCAACCAAUAGCCACAGGUAGCUCUGCUGGACUAACCUCAGUGUAGUCAUGAGUAGAGGGAGUCAUCCCCAGGAGAGGUCAAUGGGUAGCAAAGAGUGAUUUACUCUUGGUGGGUAUUCAUUACGUAUUUGUGGUUCAAAUGUCAAGAGUAGAGAGCAAGCCAUUCUUGGUAGAGCAGGAAGCCUCGCUGGUAUCUCCUCUCCUUUGUCUGCCUCAUCUCUCACCUAAGCCUCCCACCUGGCCCCAACUUGUCCCUCAGCCCUGACUCCUGUGAACUGCAUCCCUAACCUACAGCUUACCCUUUAAGGAGGCAAGACCACAAACAGCGAAAUAGUUCGUGUUAGCCUAAUGACCUCAAAUAGACCAAUUGGUCUGAAGGCAUCACCUUGAAUGUGCAAAGACUAGAGAAGAUUCUAUAAAGGCUUACAACAAGCAUUUCACUGGACAUCCAUUUUAAAUCUCUAGACAACACGGAUCAGAUUGUGAUCCUGCAGUACCUAUCUGAGCAGAUGUGUCCGUGCACCUGCCCUCUUCCUGAUAAACAAACUAUUCCUUUAAAAAUUGAGUUUGUGGCCAGUGCUCUUGUUCCUCACCAGUGCAGCCUUCCAUCAUCACCAAGUCUGUAACACAGUAGUAGGCUUUCACUUUAAUUUGAUUUUCCAGGGCCAGGACUAGAGUGAGGUGAACGAAGCGCCCACUCUCAGGGCCGCACAAGUGCCUUACCCUCGUCUCAGCCCUGCGCUUUGCACUCUAUGAAUAUCAGUUUAUCUUCUUCCUGUGAAUAAGUGUGGUUCCUCUGAUAAAUCCCUGUUGUUGCACCAAAUGUUUUAUUGCCAUCUCUUUUUUCCAUUGCUAUAAGCCUUUGUAUGCCUAUACAUCUAAGAAUAGACAAUAUUAUCAGAAAACAUGGUUGAUUUCUAAGCAACCUGCUCCAAGUGGCAAGUUAGCACCCAUUUUCAGUAGGGAUGCAGACGGAGACAGCCCUUCAGCACAAUAGUGAAUAGGCUGGAGGUCUGCCAUUGGGAUGGAUCUUCAUUCUCCUUUUUCUGCUCCAUUUUCCCCAGACCUUGCUUCCCAGUCCCAACUCUCCUGAGUGCCUCCUAGUUUGUUCUCUUUACUAAGAAAAACAUGGUCUCAGGAAAGGGAUAAAGUCCUUUAACAUCAUAAGGCUUAAUGCUACCUUUUUUGAGGGUCGCUUGCAUUAUAACAGGGGAAAAGCCUUAAGCCAAAGGAAUUGAAGUUCUGCCUGUAGAAUUCUAGGCCUUGAUUAGCUGCAAAGUGUAUUUUUCACCACAGAAAGGCCAAAUUCCCUGAAAGCUAACUCCAGAACAUAGAAAAUACCUUAAUCUCCUGGAAUUAUUGUAUUCCAUUGCUGGUGGUUGAUUAAAUAGUCCUGAUACCCCAUGCUGUUCUAUUGGACAAGGGACCAAGGGACCACAUCUACCAAGAGACUCUCAGAAAUGGCUACUGAAAGCCAUUGAGAAGGCCACGAUCAUAUUGUACAUUAACAUUUUUACACAAAUGGAAUUAAUACUAGUCAUUUUAGUAAAAGAACACAAGGACUUAGAGUUUGUGAAAAUGUGUCCUGUUUGUGAAAGGUGAAACUGUCUGAUCAAUGUCUGAUCCAUAUUGGUCUCUUGGUGGUGGUGGUAAUUAUUAAACUUGCUAGAGGUACAACUUUACUAAACACAAGCCUCUGCUUCCCCUGCCCUUAUUUAUGUUUUGUGCUAUCACUUCAGCUUGGUGUGAGAGAGACCAGAUCUAUACCAGAGCAUCCAGUCCCUCCAAAGUCUUUGCUCGUAUUUUAGCUAUAAGUCACCAAGGUAUUAGGGAUUUAAAACGACAAGAGUGGGAAGAGCUGCCUUAGUCAAAGAGCAGCAAAAAUGAAAAUUUAAACAAUGACAUGGAAUAAAGUUUUAGAAUAUUCUGACACAGAUUUAGAUAGGAAUAUGGCAGUAAACAGUUAUAGCCAAAUAUUUGAGGUGCUUUUCAUAAGUUUAGCAAAAAUUAAUUUGCAUAAGUAAUGGAUUGUGUGAAGUAGGAAUAUACAUUUGUUCAGUAAAAGCCCAAAAUCAAAGCCAGUGGUUCUCAAAGUGUCAUCCCAGAAACAGCAGCAGCAGCAGCCCUGGAGUGUGUGUGUGUGUGUGUGUGUGUGUGUGUUCCAGUGAUGUUACUUCUCCAAGCCCCUGAAUCACUAUAGCCACAACUGUUCAAAUGAUUUCAAACUUUCCCACCAUUUCUGCUGUCAUCACAGUGAUUGGUCUCUGGCCAAGUGAUGUAUAUUGUGUUGGUCAGGUAUACAUUUGUUUGGUGUUAAGAAAUUACCAGAUUGAAUCAACUACUCACUUAACCUGCAAAACUCUUGAUUUGACUUAGCCAGCAUGUCUGGCCCAUUUUGGAUUUAAUUUUUUUGAAUUCACAAAUAGGAAAAAAGGAAAAAAGUGUUAUGUUUGGUAUUGCCAACCCUUAAAUACCUAUCUUCACCAAGGUGGCUGUUCUCUAGGAGGGCUCUGAUUUUAAGAUUUUGCCUACAUAGUAGAAUUUGAGAUCAACAAAUACACCAACAAAAUCUGAACUGGAACAACCAAUUAACCCCCCUCAGCUUCUUUUCAAUGCCAAGCUUUAUAGAAACUUAUUCCUUAUGUGGUGUUCCGCUUUUUUUUAAUGUCCAAUUUUACCAAAUGUUAUGCAUGCAAAUGCAACAUUGUGCUCACUGUAUAAGUCACCCCAAACUCAUUUUCUCCUCCAUAUGUGUGGUGGUAAAGAAAUAUCAAUAUGUAUGUUCUUACCUCUCCUGAUCAAAUCUGUAAAUUACAAAUCUUUUCAUUAAUUUUUAAAUGAGAUAUAUUUACUCUGGCUAGUAGUUACAAUUUUAUUCUUUUUAUGAUAUUUCAUCGCUACUCUUUUCUACUGACUCCAAAACUUACUUUGGGGAAUAUUUCUUACUUCUAGGUUGUUGUAUUUAUCUUAUUUCUAUAUUUAUCUGUAGCCAUGGAAUGUUAGGAGUGAAAGGGACCAACCUCUCAUUUUACACAUGAGGCCCAGAAAGGUCAAAUAACUUACACAAGGUCACACACACAGUAGCAGGGCCUGGCCUCAGUUCCAGAUCUCCUGCCUCUGGGGCCAGUGUUUUUUUUCAUUUAAAGGGCUGCAUUUAUAGAAGACCCACAGCUGGCUUCUACAUUUAUGACACAUGGAUUUCCCAGGUAUUUCAACAAACUAAUAUAUUUGCUUUAAGGGAAACUGCUCAAGAUUUCUUUAAGUUGAAUCCAAGGACAAAUCUGAUUUUCAAUUUAGAAACAUUCAUUUCCCCUCAAAAUUCAGUAUAUGUUCCCUACUUUGUAUAUAUUUUCCCUAAAAGAAGUUUGAAAAAUGAAUUUUUAUAGAUCAAAUUCCACCUUUUAGUAGAGAAGCUUCUUUUCUAAGGGAAUCAUCUGGUGACUUCUUUUGAAAAACAAAGACUCCUCUUCUCAAUGUCCCCCAAUGUCUACUUUAUUUUUAGUCUCAACUUUUGUAAUUGGUGUUUAUUUAAAGUAGGACAAACCAAUAUAGGCUUUCCUAGAAUCUACUUUAUCCUUCCCUUCUUAAACUUUAUGAGAUAUCAGACUGUUACAUGCUCAUGAGAUAUUUAGUUGUAUUCUAGAAACUUCACCUAGCUUGAUGUUAUGUCAAUCCCUGGGCUCAAACUUUAUCUCCAUCUUAUCAAAAAAUAACAAAAUUCCCUAAUCACCUCUGUGCUCUGCAUGCAUUCUCUUUUCUGGAACAUUCUUUGCCUAGUGUGACUCUUCUCUUUAGCUAUUCUUGGGCUUCCUUCCAUGGUCCGUGCAUACCUUAUUAUUCUGUGGAAUUGAAGGCAGUGUCCCUUUAGGGUUAUGCUAGUUGCAUGGAGUGGUAGUUCCAGUUAUUUCCAUUGUUCCCUUGUUUCCACUGGACCUCCUCUGGUUUCUAUGUUCAGGAAUGCUCAUAGAUUGAUGGGAUCUAGACCAGGGGUUGACAAACUUUUUUUGUAAAGGGCCAGAUAGUAACUAGUUUAGGUUGGGGGGGUGCACAUGUGGUCUCUGUAGCAUAUUCUUAUUCGCUGUUGUUUCUUUGUCUUACAAUACUUUAAGAAUGUAGAUACCAUUCCUAGCUCUUGGGCCAUAUAAAGCCCCAGGCUGGAUUUGACCUGCUUGUCAUAGUUUACUGACCCCUGGUCCAGACAAUGUUCUGUAACAGGCAUUUCUGUGACGGGACCCAUGUGAUAACUGGGUUGUAUACUGGGUGAUAUGGCUCACUGCCCUCCUAUCUACUUCACUGUCAGACCAGUCUGCACAGAAGUGGGUGCAGAGGGGCUGCAUAUGCCAACCCAUUAUUCUUUGAUAGGGUACUCAUCAUUGACUCUCUCACUCACUACCUUGGUGUAGAAAUCCUCAUUCUUUUCUCCAGACCUCCUGUCCUGGUUAUCCAAUGUGCCUCUUAUUCCUUGAGUUUGAGGUAAACUGAGCAGGAAGAAUGGAUUUCUGAGUUUUCUUAUUUCUUUUGUCCCUAUAUUGGUCUCCCGAACUUUCGCUGGGGACCCUGGCCCUGGGCCAUCUGGCCUGACCUGCCCUAUAUUGCCGUCACAAGUUUAGGGCUGUCUCUGGAAAGUCUGUUGGCCCAGGCCAUGAGAUGCCAGUUUGGUCUGCAAUUUCCUAGGGAAAUCACCAGCACUCUUGAUUCCCAUAGUUGGUUUUGAAACCCAGAAUGUCCAUGUGUCCAUUUUCUAUAAUGUAAUUUGGAUCUGUUCUAGACUUACUCCAGCAAGAAAACCAAUGAGGUAUAGAAGGUACUCUGUGUCCACAGUGUUUUCCUGUCUAAACCCCCUGCCUCCUUGGCCCCCCAGGCCCCAGGAUGGACUCCCUGAGAUGCCCUGUGCAGCACCACAACCAGCAAGCAUUCAGCAUACCACCACCUCCUGUUUUCUGAACCUUUAAAAGGAUCCCUAGGGGUACCUGGCUGGCUCAGUCAGUAGAGCAUACAACUCUUGAUCUCAAGGUUUGAGUUCAAGCACCAUGUUGGGCUAGACCUCACCUAAAAAAAAAGAAAAAAGAAAAAGAAUUCCUUAAAUAUUCCUCAAACCCUACAUCUUGCUGCCAUCUCUACCUCUCAUGCUACCUGGAAGUCUAAAGCUCAGAUUCACAUUUCACAUUUUUCUCAUGUAAGCAUUGAGAGAUAUGAGUGAAGAAGGUGUGUGCCUGUGUGUGUGAGCCUGGUUUCUCCAAUGGAACUGUGAAGGCCCCAUUGACUACUGUAUAUGUCUCUCUUCCUUCUCUCUCCCUCUCUCCCUCUCUCCUUCUCUCUCUCUCUCUCUCCCUCUCUCUCCCCUCCUCUCUCUCUCACACACACAUAUGCACACACACGCGCGCGCGCGCGCAAACACACACACACACACACACACACUCCAUCUAGUGUUUCAUCAGUUCUCUGGUCCAGAUGUAGGUCUGAUGGGGCUGGUCAAGAAGGGGAUGAGGCAUCAUCCUGAGGAAUUUCCCUUUUCUUGUUUUUUGAAACUUUCUUUCUACUGGUUUGUGCUGGCUUCUCUCAGGAAGCCAUUUGAAGAAACUCUCUGCGACAAUUGGGAACAAGCUGACAUAUAAAGAGCAAGGACUUUAAUUUGAUAUGAACUCAGUCACUCAGACAUACCUCCCAGGCUGCAGUUUUUCCUAUCUAAGCAAAUUGCUUCUUAGGACCUUUAAGCUUCCUUUCUGUCAUUUGAGCCCAGGGAUCUACCCACGUAUUGAAAACUAAAUCUUAAAAAGUCAGAGGCAUGAGUAACUUUCAGGAUUUUCCUAUUUGAAAAUAUCUAUGAAGCAGUUUCUUUCUGCCUUUGCUUUAAAAUUUCCAGACUUAGGAAGGGAACCAGGUUUAUGCCUUGGACUCUAAGGCAACAAAAGACCUACACUUGCAAAAAGCAAAAUGAGGAAGGAGGACUGGCUAGUCCUACUAUGCAUAGUCAGGAGACAGACUUUUUUGUUUCAUUAGCACUUACCAGUCGGUGCUUACUGAGUGCCAACAAUGCACUUAAGAAAAAAUAAAGGAGACAGGAAUUUACAGACUAAUAUCCUAAACUAGAAGGCAGAGAUAAGGCAAUUCCCCCAGUGAUAAGAAAGUGUCCCUGGAUAAAAAUUUCAAGAAGCAGCAGAAAUUAGGAGAGACCAUAAUCCCAGGCUUUUUAGAAUUCCAACACAAAAUGGAAGGAAGCCCCCUCUGUGGGGUGAUAUUACAAAGGGUUUUUCUUUUCUUUAUUUUCUUUCUUUCUUCUUUUUUUAUUCAAGCAUUCCAUACUGGCUUGCUACCAGCAAUUGAGCUGUAUUCUUUAUAUAGCUAGAGCUGUUUGUGUCUUCUCGAAAUAAACUGUUUCUGUUAAAAUCA